AUGAAUAAUAUUUCAAAUUUUCAAAGAAGUAAAUGCCACUACAGAAAUAAUGAAUUAAGUGAAACACAAAUUAAUCAAAGAUUAAAAAAUAUUAAUUUAACUAAGCGUUUGAUAUCAUAUGAAAGGUACAUAAAUGCUAUACCAAAAAAUGAAAGAAGUAAUGAUUUAAAAAAUGAUUGGCACCCUGAAACCCCUAGAGUUAAUAAGCAUUUAAGUUUAUCUCAGUGGAAUAAAGAAGUUCAAAAAUGGAGAAAACAAAUUCAUGCUUGGGGAAAUAUGUCUGAAGAGGUUCAUAAAUACAUUUGCAGUUUAUCUGCUGCAGAAAAAUAUAAUUAUUUAUCUAAUUUAAAAUUACCUGAGUUAAGUCAGAGAGAAAUUAAAAAUUUGAAAAAAAAAAACGAAGAAAUUUCAGAUAUGACAUUAAAAAAUAUUUUAUGGAUUUCAGAUAAAAAGAACCCAGAUGUUUGUGCUGAUAAUAUCAUAAUAGAUAAGCCAUUAUUUUUUCUUCCCCAAAAUUUCAAUGGUACUAUAUUGAAUAAUGAAUUUAUAAUAAUUAAACAGAACUAUUUAGAAAAAUCACUAUUUUCAUUAAAAGAUGAAUACAAUGAAAAUUAUAAAUAUUUAUUUGAAAAAUAUUAUAGAUUAUAUUUUUUGAUGAGAGAUUAUAAUUUAAAUAUUGAAAAAAGCAAAGUAGAAACAAAUGAAAUUAUUAUUGUUUCAAAAAAAAAAGAUCAUUCUGAAAAUAAUAAUAAUAUAAAUGAAAUAAACGAAUACAUGAAAAAUCAGAAAAUAGAGGCAACAAAAUAUUUAUACUGCUCUAAUAUGAAUACAAAAAAUAAAUAUGAAAAAAAAAAAAAAAAAAGAUUUUAA